AUGAUAAAUAUUUAAUCAAUUAAUACAAGUGAAGAAUCAAAUCCAUUGAGUUAAUCAAUACAUUCCAAAAGCAAUAGUUCUUCUUCAAUAAAUCAAAGUUUACCAAGCAAUUCAAAAAGUGAGAAUAAUUUGGAAAUAAGGAAAUUAACUUGGGAUGAUUUUUAAGGAGUACCUCCUGAAGAUGAUCCAGCCUUGGCUCAUACAAGAUGGAAAAUUGGAUAUAAUUAUUAAGUGCAUCAUGAAACUGAAAAGAUUUAAGUAGUGGUGGAUGUUUGGUGUAAGGUAGAUCCUUCAUCUUGGGCAAAAGAAAAAAUCGAUGAAUUAUUGCAUCAUUAAUAAGGUUUAUCAUUUUGCAAUAUGAAUAGGUCACUUUUAUAUAGGAAUGAUUUGUGCCUUGGAAUUCAAAAAGAGAGUAUAAGAAUUCUCCUUUAGCAAAGAAUACAAAUAAGAAAUUUCAGAGAUUUUUAAUAAGACCUUAUAAGAAUAUUUAGAAAUGGAGAACAAAUAUAAUAUUGAGACUUUGAAUAUGUUAAAUACUGCUAAACAAAGACAAUGGGAUAUGAAGAUAAUGAAAUAACUGAACUUGCUAUCAAAAUAUACAUGA